UGCUGCUGCCAACGUCAACUUUCAAAUUUGCACGCAAUGAAAGUAAAAACCUGUGCCUAGGUCCAUAUGAUAUGUAUAUUUGACCCCAGGCAAGGUUACGUUGCGCUACUGUCUGUUGAUAUUCUCGCGACAUCAAUUGAUACGAGUAGCAAGUAUAAAACUAGAACUCUGAACUAAACAGGCACCAUUUACAUAUUAGUCGUAACUGAAGCAUAACCAAUUAUGUUCUCCCAAAUCGUAAUUUUGUGCGCCUUCGCGGCUGUAGCUCAGGCCGGUCUCCUGGUUGAGCCGCACUAUUCCUCGGCCGCCGCUGUCUCCUCGCAGAGCAUCGUGCGCCACGACCAGCCCCAGCUGGCCCACAAGCUGGUGGCUGCCCCUGUCGCCUACCACGGAGCUCCCGCUCACGUCGCCUACCACGUCGCUCCCGCUCCCGUGACCUACCAUGCUGCUCCCGCCCCCAUCACCUACCAUGCUGCUCCUGCCGCUGUCCACUACACCGCCCCUGUUGCUAAAGUUGUUGCCCACCACGAAGAAGAAAUUGCUUACCCCAAAUACGAGUACACCUACUCUGUGGCUGACGACCACACAGGCGACAACAAGUCCCAGCAGGAGACCCGCGACGGAGAUGUCGUGAAGGGCUCUUACUCUUUCCACGAGGCUAACGGCUCCAUCCGCACCGUGGAGUACACCGCUGACGACCACAAUGGCUUUAACGCGGUGGUGCAUAACACUGCCCCCACGCACGCGCCCGCCGUCAUUAAAGCCGCCCCUGUCGUCAUCAAGGCUGCGCCCGUCUAUGCCGGUCCCGCUUACUACCACCAUUAAGUAACCAAAGAAAAAACAAUUUAUUUAUUACAAUUUUCGAAUGAAAUUAUGUAUCACUUUAUUUCCUGCCAUUAUAAUAUUAUCGUCCUGUUUUCCGACACAAUUUUAAUGAGGACUGGAGAAAUUAGAGACUACAUGUUGCGGUAUGGAAACCUCUUAUUAUUAUACAGCUUUGGAUAAAGCCUCAUCAUAUUAUAUUUGCAUUAAAAUAAUGUUUUAAAAGGAAAGUCAUUGAUCAAGCGAGCGCGAAGCGUCUCCGUUUCGUUUUGGUCAAAAACACAUACGUCUGUCUGGCUAUUCCCCUCGACAGGUCGCAUUUCUCAACCGAUGCUCGUAAACUUUUUCUAAGAAGUAGGUAUCGAUAAUGACACGGACAUUCGUAUUCAAUAAAUAUCACAAAAAUAAGUAUUUUUCGAUAUGUAUUGAAAAAUGACAAAGUUUAGAGCCAUGCGUUUAUUCAGUUGUUGGGAAUGCAAAGCAAGACUCGCGUGGUGUACAGCUUACAGAGCCGGUUUAAGUGAGGUCCUUGAAUUAUUUUAAUGCCUUUACAGAAGAAAAGAAGCGAAAGUCUCUUUCGUUAAGUGAGGAAGAAUAAACUUCGAGGUGAAACUGGUUUUUAUCAAUGCUAAAGCUUGUUUCUUGCUCUUUUAAUACAAAGAAGUCGAAUAAUUUUUUUUUUUUUCAAAUAAAAUCAACAUUGUAGCACAUUCGAUAGGUAUUUGAUGAAGUGAAUAUUUUCGGAAAUAAUCGAUCCGAAAGUAAAAAAA